AAGCUGAAUCAAGCAUGGGCUAUACUGCCUAACAUGUAUAUCUCGUUUCUUGUCACUAUAAAGCCCCACAUAUUAGCUUUUGUCACUUAUAAAACCAGUCUAUAUUACAAGCUUCUUACAGUGAAACAAUGGCUAAUAUUUCCUUUACAUCUUCCAUUACUAAAUUUUGCCUCAUCACAAUCACUGCCAUUUUAAUUUUCUUCACCCUUUCAACUGCCAAAGCUAAAAAUAUCAGUACUAAGCCUUUCCAGAGAAUUUAUGCCUUCGGCGAUGCCGAAACUGACGCCGGCAACACAAAAUCCUCCACCGGUCCAACCAUAUUCCGCUAUGUGUCCAACCAUCCUUACGGCCAGACAUUUUUCGGCCACCCCACAAACCGAUAUUCUGAUGGCCGUUUGAUGAUCGAUUUUGUGGCUGAAAACCUGUCAUUGCCUUACUUGCCACCUUAUCUCAACGAGAAGGCUAAUAAAUCACAUGGAGUGAACUUUGCUUUUGCAGGCAGCACUGCAUUGACACACAAUUUCUUCGUGAACAAUAAUCUUACACUUGACACUACUCCUGUUUCACUUCAGACACAACUCGGUUGGUUCAACGAGUUUCUUGAAAGUGAGGGGUGUAAAAUAUCACCAUCAGUGUUGGAGUGUGAGGCAGAAUAUGUAACUGAUGCACUGUUUUGGGUGGGAGAAAUUGGAGCAAAUGACUAUGCAUAUAGCUACAGAUCUUCUGUGCCAACCAAAACCAUUCAAGAACUUGCCACCAAUAGCGUCAUCGACUUUUUACAGGCAUUGCUUAAUAAGGGCGCAAAGUAUAUCGUUGUUCAAGGCCUGCACCCCACAGGCUGCCUGACAUUGUCCAUGGAAGUAACUCCUACGAACGAUAGAGACAAUAUGGGGUGUGUGGCCAGCGUGAACAGCAGAAUUUACAGUCACAACACAAUUCUCCAAGCCAAGUUGAAUGGGCUCCGGGAAAAGUUCCCACAAGCUAUCAUUUUAUAUGCAGACUACUGGAAUGCCUUCCAGCAUGUUUUUCAAAAUCCCGGUGAGUAUGGCUUCGACGAGAGAUUCAAAGCCUGCUGUGGAACCGACGGCGGAACCUAUAACUUCAACGUGCUUUUCCCAUGCGGAUCGCCUCCCUCGACUGCUUGUGACAACCCUUCUAAGUACAUCAAUUGGGAUGGUGGGCAUCUUACUGAAGCCAUGUACAAGGUUAUGACACGCUUAUUCAUCACAGGGGCAUUUUGUGAUCCACCUUGGAGUCAUUUAAUAAGCAAGAAAAUGCAAUCAGGAUAGACAGAUCCCCUUCGAAUCCCCUGAACAAUACUUUGUUACUGUUUCUAUGUGUUGUAACAGGGAUGACCUGAUGAAAACUACUGAAACAUAAUGAGAAUAAAAUCUAUGGAUUUGCAAAAGUUUAACACCAAUUGUAGGUUUGGGGAGGAAUUACGCGGUGUUGGAUACUAUUAAGGAAAUGCCUAGCUGCACAGUUUGGUGAGCAACGUAGAUGUAGAUUAAUCAUUGUAAAUGGGUUGGGAUUGAAGAUUGAAAGUUUGUUACGAAUGUUUGAAGAAAAAUAGGAUUAAGAUUUGAAAAAAAGGAAUGAAAUUUGAAGUCUGGCAAUACGCAUUGAAUAAGCUUUCUUAAAAUUUGAUAUUUGUCCCUCAAUGUAAGAAUGCU